UCUUGUCGUCGUCGUCGGCUCAAACAAAAUCGCGUUGAAAUGUCCUGAAAACAAAAUAUUUGUUCAUCGCACGGACUUCUUUGGAAGAUUCCAACAAAGCGAUGGCUAUCGGGCAGGUACCUUCAAAAUCUUAACUGAGGCUCAGGUAAAUAUUAACUCAAAAUUAAAUAAAAAUUAUGGAUAGCUCAGAGUAUGAAUUGGUAAGGAAUAUGACCUUACUAUUUUUCUUUGAAAGACUAAUGGAUAAAGGAGGUCCUAGAACACUUCAUGACUUAAGUUGUCAGUUCGGUGCUAAGGGGUUUACUAAAGAAAUGCGACAGAUAGCUGGUGGCUCUCAGUCAGGACUGAAAAAAUUUUUAGCCCAGUACCCUUCAUUGUUCAUUGUGGAUGGGGAUUAUGUUUCCAUAAAUUCAUUUAUGUCUAACCACACUGAAGCUGAAGAUACAAAUUCCAGUAGUAGACCAAACUUAGGAAAACGUGACUACGUCCAAGAAGCCGUUGAAUAUUUUUCGUCAAAGUUGAGACAAUAUGGUGUAGGCACAGAGGUACCUAUAAAAAGUCUUCUUGGUCAUAGAUCACAAGCCUCACCUGAAGUGCGCCAUAUAUCAGGACAACAUGUACGUGAAUUCCGUGAUUUCUUGUGCAAAUAUCCUGAAGCAUUCAUCGUCAGUGAAGAUACAGUGAUGUUAAAGGAAUAUGAAGGAAAAGAGCCUCAGCCAUUUUGUGAGUUAGAAAAUGUUAAGUUGGACCCUGAUGUUACGUAUCGCUUGUUGGAUUUUUUCAAGAAAUGCAUCGAAGUUAAAGGACCUAUGCUUGUAGAUCAACUGUUUCACCAUGUCGUCUCUUUCUUUCCUCAGGACUUGUGGUUUGGAAUUUUCAAGACUUCUCAAGAUCUAUCAACAUUUCUAAAAAUGCACUCAAAUAUGUUUACUGUUCAGGCCAAUCUAGUGAAUAUCAUCCAAACCCCAAAUAAGGUCGCAGAAAUCAACUCCAUUAACAAACCAAAUGUCGAUAAUAAGUUUGUUGAUAAUGAUGCAAACACAAUCAUUAAUAACAAUCAAAAUAAUAAUAUGGCCAGUCUAAAAUUAUCACCCUUGAACCAAGAGUCAAAUGAGAAGGGAUCAGUGUCAAGUGCUGGUGUGCCAAAUCAAAAUCUCAGCCUUAAGCAGAGAAUCAAUUCAUUAGUGAUGAAAACUUUAGCUGACAAUACGGAGAAGGAUCGAAAUUUAGCAGCGGCCUCAGUCAACAAUGGCUUAGGAGCAAAUAACACGGACAAUUGGAAGAAUAAAAUUGUACAGUCAACAAGAGUUAUAGCAAACAUAAAGGAAUCAUUGCAGAUUAUUGAAGAAGUGAUGAGAAAAUCACCCUCAGCCAUUUCAUUUGAUUGUGAAGGAAUAAACUUAGGGAUUAAAGGACAGUUGACACUUUUUCAAAUAGGUCUGCCAUCAGGUCAGGCAUACAUUUUUGAUCUGAUAACAUGUCCUUCCUUAGUCACUUCAGGCGGACUGCAGAAGCUGUUGGAAUCCGACAAUGUAAUCAAGGUGAUUCAUGACUGCCGCAACGACAGUGUCAACCUCUACAACCAGUUUGGCAUAACUCUGAGAAAUGUUUUUGACACUCAGGCGGCCCAUGCUGUACUGCAGCUCCAGCAGACUGGGAAACCUGUGUAUAAGGUGAAAAACAUCAGUCUUAACGCUCUGUGUGAACUCUAUGAAGCUCCCAUCAACCCCAUGAAGGAGCAGUUGAAAAAUGUCUACCGUCGAGACCAGCGGUUCUGGGCGCGCCGACCUCUCACUCGGGAAAUGAUGAUGUUUGCAGCGGCCGAUGUUCUCUCUCUGGUGCCACAUGUGUACAACGCCAUGCUCAAACAGAUCCAUUCAGAAUGGGAAGGUCUUCUGGCGGAACUGUGUGAAGAACAGGUGUACAUGCAUAUUCGUCCGACAGAGGUAAAACAGCGCAAGAAACAGCGGAAAGUGGAAAGCGAAGUAAGCGACUUGAGGAGCAAAUUGUCAUCGUCUUCUCAAUCAGGCCGCAACAUCGUGCUCAGCAAUCGGGAGAUAAGACUGCUUAGGUAUCUGGAUUUAACUGACGAAGAAAAAGAGAAACUAAAGGGAUCGUACAAAGUUGCAAGAAAACUUGAAAAACUCGAAGGAAGGAUGAAAGAUGGUGAGGACGGAGAUGGGGAAUACCCGAGUUUGGAUAGCUACAACAGCGGAAAGUCAACACCCUCGGACAAUUCACUAUCAGGUGAAGCGUUGAGUCCAUGCUCCGGACCUCGCAGUCUGACAGAGUCGAUGCAACAGAUGGACGACAUUCUGUCAGACACGGGCAUGGAUCGUCUGGACAAGAUGGAACGUCUCGAGGCGCUGUUGACAGCCGCUGUGACGGGGCUGGGCGGGGGUGGCGGAGGAAGCCGGGGGGCGUGUGACUGUCAAUGCCACUCAGCUCCGACCGCAGACUCUACGUCACAAACACUGUCCACCGGGGACAUUGUCAUCACCAGGAUUCAUUUCAACGAGGAGGACCAAGAAAAGGAACGUACCUUGUUGUGCUCCCCUAAGCACUGAUGAAUGGCUCAAUUGUAAAAUAUACUUAGCGCAGUCUUAGUCUCGUAACACGGUGAAUUUGUAACAGGGUUUUAGUUUGUUUAUUAACCUCACCAAAGUUAAAUAGACCGUAACAGUAAUUUCACAUGUUUGAAAGUACAGUUUCAUCCUCCAUGAAGGCGGCUCCAGACAUGCGCCACUUGCCAAGCACGAAAUAUUUGAUGUUCGGCGAUCUAGUUGUCUUGCUAUUUGCCGAUUAACGUGUAGACGUCUACACACAUGUGUUGUUUUCCGAGCCACUGUUUGUUUUUCGUUUCUGUUGGGCAACACACGAUCAAGAAUGCUCGCUGCCUGCCAAAUAGGCAAACACCUAUCUAUCUACCUUACUCGUGAUUCGGAGAGACGCUGCUCGGUGCUUGGCAAAUGGCGCAUGUCUGGAGCAGCCUUAAAAGAAUGUAAAGUAUCUUUACUCCUGUAACUUCCCUAAAGUCUUAACUCAGUGUGAAAUGUAAAUGGAUUCAAUGCUCAUGUUUUUAUUAAGUAGACAAGUAUGUUUAGAUAUUAAAAGAAGUUAGAUUGUUAUUCGCUUACACAACAGGCCUUGUAUAGCUAUGCUAUUUCAUGUGUGAUAAUAAAAACUAAAUGCUAUAGUACAUAUCAUACUUAUUAGCUGACUAGUUUAUAUAGUUACUGUUGUUUCAUGGAUAGGAAAAUUUUCUCUCAUACAUUUUGAUAAAAAUGUAUCCAGAUGUGGAUUUUCACAUGUCCUUUUUUCUCAACAGUGGUAAAUUUAAUUUACCAAUAUCGAUGAAGUCGAAGUUGAGUAGUUUUUUUUGUUAUGCUUGAACUUUGGUUACACAUUUAGUUGUGUUAUGUGCCUUUUAAACAUUGAUAGCUUGAACGUCAAUUAGUGUUAGAAGAUGCUUAACCUAUUUUAAAAAGCAGUUACAAUCCAAAAACUGUAAGUAGAGUAGACUGAAUAAAGGACUGAGUUUUUCCUGUAUUAUUUAUUUUUCAGAAUUUAUUAUGUAGAUUUGUUGUUAUAUUGAAAGUAUAUGUAAUUUGCUUCCGAAACACAGUUUUUCAAACACUAUAGAUCUAUUUUGUUAUAUUUAGUGGUAGUUUACCGAUUAAAGUGCAACUGUAGUUUGAUUCUGUCAUCAAAUGAUUGUAACAUUUUUGAUCAGAUUUAUUUGUGCAUCUUACAAGGGGGGAAGAUUUUACUAUUUCUUUUAAUAUACUGUAUUUUUAAUUUUUUAUAGGUUGUUACUUAAGCAUAAAACCAAGGGUAAUGAUUGUAAUGUAGUUGUAUAUUUGGCUGUGAGAUUUGUUUGAUUUUUGGUUUUGCAUGUAACUGUUUUGACCAUUCUGAGUUAAAAAUUACAGAUAUAUCAUACUUAAAGUUUAUAUUUCAAUGUUGACAAUUAUAUGUAUGAUGAUAGUUAAUUUAUUUAAACACAGAUUGAAAGUAUUUUGUAACUACCUUCGUAUAGUUCAAUAGCAGUAUUUAUAAAAUAUGAAUUAAUAAUAUUAUGAUUUGUGAGGUACACACACCAUAACAAAAUAUGUCGAUCAUUGAAAUAAUGUUUGAAGGAUUUUAAAUACUGUAAUCAUACAAUAUUGUUCUUUCAGUUUGACUGUAACUUCAUUUUAAGGUGUAUAUAAUAUUUAACGAACUUGUUGAUUUUUUAAAACAUGUGAAUAGCUUUAUGGCUCUGUUUUUUUACUAUGGUUGGCCUUGCUUACAACUUCUUGAGUGAUUUGUUUGAUCAAUAAUUAAUUACUUAUCUAAACGCUGAAAUGUCAUCAUAAUUGUCUGUUACUUGUAGACGGAAAUGGCUGGGACCAAAAUGAAUUUAUGCUUCAAGACCUUUAUAAGUUUUAUUGUUUUAUUUAAUCUUUGUGUUAUUAACAAAAUUAUAUUUAUGUUUUUUAGGUUGUGAUAUUAAUAUUAGAUUUAAGAUUUUAAAUUAACCUAGUAGUAGUUUUAAUUGGUAAAAAACAAACAAGUUAUGUUAUGAAUUGGGAAGUAAGAAAAAUUUUAAAAUAUUGUUAAUUUUUAAUUCUAUCUUGAAAUCAAUUAUGAUACAAUCUGGUACAUUUUCAAUCAAACUCAUUGAUUUUUUAUCGUUAAUCUUAACAUGACUUGUUUUCAAAAGUAUUAUAACACCAAUUACGUAUUAUCAUUGACUAUUGGAUACUGAAGUUGUAUUAAUAGUCAAGGUAUUAUAUAGUGAUUAUGCCAUAGCAAAUUAUUGAUUAUUUACUAGCUCACUCACUAAUCUGUAAUCCUAAAUCGUAAUUUAGUGACUCCUUAGUGCCUAUUCUUAUUUUACAUUUUAUUAUAUGUACGUAAUUUGUUAUUGAUAAGCUUAAAAACAUUGUGUUUAUUUUUUUUCUGUUGGCUUAAAAUAUCUACUUUCGUAUGGUCGCCAUUUCAAUGAAAAGUAUUAUGUAUUAAGUAUGAAAUACGGUUAAAAUAGAAUUUGGAAUUUGGUCCCCUAUGAAAUAUGAAGUAUUGGAAUGUUAUUAAUGUUUAAUAUUUAUUAUACUCUGGUUUAAGUUAUACACUGUAUACCUGAAAUUAUCUAUGAAUGAAGAAUAACAUCUUUUUGAUUAAAAUGAAUGUUUUUAAUGUUUUUAUAUUUGUAUUGCUGGAAGAGGUGCAAAAGAAGUUAAAACUAAAUUGUUCCUGCCACUCUGGUGCUUCCAUUUAUUCUGCUUAAACAAUACUUCCUUAGUGUUUCAACCAGUUAAUUCUAAAUCCUGGAUUUUAUUGAAUUUGUUCUCAUUUUAAGAAACAGUAAAACUGUAUAAAACAAUAAAGAAGCAAUAAUUAAGAUUUUGUUUUGUAACUUUAAAGUGGUGUAUUUAUUAUAUUUGUGUGCUGGUAUUAAUUUAUUAUGGAGUGCAAAAGUUAAAGGAUGGGUGGUUAUUUAAAAUCAAUCAGCAAAUAUUGUAAAGUAAAUUUAUGAAAUAAAUAAUUUUUAAUACAA